AGCAUUGGAUUCAAAAUAGUGGCUAUCAUUGGCCCGGAAUCGGUUCCAGAGGGCAGUGAUGUCCAAAUCAAGUGUCGGUACGAGUUGUAUAACGAAACUCUGUAUUCAAUGAAAUAUUUUUAUAUAAUGCCUAACGAUUCCGACGACAAUGAGAUGGAGUUCUUUAGAUGGACUCCACGAGGAAGACCUGUUAAGCAAGCGUUUCCAUUGCAUUCAUUUGAUUUCGACGUUAGUGGCCUCAGACCAUUACAUUACUGCAUAUCAGUAUAUCUAACAAACGUGAGGACUAGCGGUACCUAUAAGUGUGAGAUGAGUGUUGAGGGAACCUUUCAAACGUCGUCCGCCAACACAUUUAUAUCUGUCGAGAAGAUGAACAACGAAUUGGAGGAUUAUGUAGUGAAUGUGACAGAAAGGGAUGACGGGUCCGGCGGUUAUGGCACACAAUUUGUUAGCACAGAAUCUGUUACUACAGAAACACAAAUUACCACAAAAUUUGUACCAAUUGUUGAUAACAUCGGCAAUAAAUUGGUUUUCAAAGACUGCGAUCACUACACCUUUGGGAUAGAGGAGGACUCUCCCAAUGGCUCGACUGUAGGCACUGUUAGAGCUGCCCAUCUCUACGAGGGAUCCAAUGGACGAAUCAAAUACUCAAUCCUUCGACUCCCAAAUGAGGAUAGAUUUGACUUUGUUGUAGACGAAGUGAGCGGUGAAGUGAAGACUAAUACAGUGUUUGAUAGGGAGGACUCACGCUAUGUCCCAUGGGUUACAGUGAGGGCUUCAGACACAAACUCGCAGACAUUCCAAGGCUUUUGCACUUUUACCGUUAAGAUCACUGAUAUCAACGAUAAUCAGCCACUUUUUGAUCGCGAAGAAUAUAUAGAAGUGAUAAAAGCUGACACUCGUGUCGGCACUAAUAUUGUUCGCCUCGUGGCGUCCGACGAGGAUUCGGGUAAUAACAGUGCUAUCACUUAUAGCUUAGCUCCCGAUCCUAACAAUAGCACAGAUGUUGACUAUUUCCGUAUAAACCCGUCGAGUGGUUGGGUAUCACUGGAGAAAUUAAUUGGUGACCAAAACCGGUAUUGGCUUAGAGGCGUCGCAACAGACAAUGGUCGGCCACAACAAAGCAAAAUGGUAGACAUUGUGAUCAAUGUUGUUAAUGAGAGUGGACCCCCAGUUUGGGACCAACCCAUGUAUGGACCCGUUUCUAUACGCGAAGACUUAGAAAUCGGCCAAACAGUCAUUUCACUAAAAGCUCGUUCGGGAAUUGCAACCAAUCCAACCGUUUUCUACUCAUUGGUAGCAAAUGAACCCAAAUUUCAAUUGUCAAUCAGUGGCGGACACAUACGGGAGACCCUAAAGAGUAAUAAUUUUUAUUUAAGACACCGUUUGGACGACAGGGGCGUCAUAUGGGCUGACAUUUGCGUUAAUUCAGGCCUCGAUUAUGAGACCAAACGUGAGUAUAACUUAACGGUGCGAGCGAUGGACUCUGGUAUUGAUCGCCAGUUGACGAGCGAAACAGUGGUUAAUAUUGUAUUAGAAGACGUGAACGACGAGUGGCCGGUGUUUAAUAGCUCCGAUCGGGUGUCUGUAUUAGAGGGUAUGCCUCCGGGCACUCGUGUGACCCGAGUCCAGGCCAUAGACCGGGACGGCACUCAUCCCAACAAUCAGGUCUCGUACGCCAUCGUUGGCGGUGACCAACGGUUCUUCGCGAUAGACCCGCAAACGGGAGAGAUAUUUACAGUCGUGGAGUUUGAUCGGGAAGAGAGACAGGUCUACGCCCUACUCGUGAGGGCAGAGGACGGCCGGCCAUCCGACAGGAGGCACAUGAUGUCCAACGACUCCAAUUCAAUGACUCAAUUGAUUCGCAUUGAUAUCUCUGACAAGAAUGAUUGUCCGCCAUUUUUUUAUCAAAGCAUAUACGAGGCUGAAGUGAACGAAGACGAAGACAUUGGCCAUACAUUCAUCACACUUACGGCCAAAGACAUGGAUAAAUCCUCAAAACUACACUACGAGAUAACGAGAGGUAAUAUCGGAGGUGUGUUUGCAGUGGACGGGGAAUCGGGAGCCAUAUAUGUGUCGGCACCGCUUGACUACGAGCGCCGAUCGCAAUAUAAGCUGCGUUUAGUGGCCUCAGACCUCUUAAAUGAAAACUAUACGACUCUUGUUAUAUACGUCAAAGAUGUGAACGACAAUCCGCCGCACUUUGACCGACAACUAUACCAAACAAUGCUUACUGAAGAAGACGACAAUCACCUUCCGAAACGUGUGUUACAAGUGUCGGCCAGUGAUCCCAAUCGGCACCAAAACCAGCAAUUGGUUUACUUCUUGUCCGGUGAAGGCGUCUCUGAAACACAAGACUCUGACAAUGUAUUUACAAUUGACGCAAACACGGGUGCAAUAUAUAUGAGGCGUCCUCUGGACAGGGAUUUGCCGACCGGACGCCCGAACUGGCGCUUCACUGUAUUGGCCGCCGAUGAGGGCGGACCGGGAUAUAGUCCUACUGUGGGUUUUGCAGAUGUGUUGAUCACCGUUAAGGAUAUCAACGAUAACGCGCCUGUAUUUCAACAAAGUAUAUACAGGGGUUGUGUCGCCGACAACGCAACGGCCGGCACUCCUGUCCUCGCAGUUAUGGCCAUCGAUAACGACGACCCAAACCAAGAACUCAACGCCAAAGUCCACUACUCUAUAGAAGUAAAUGCUAUCGACAAAAACGGAGACAAUGUGUUCAGUAUUGAUGGCCAAACUGGUGUCAUAUCGACGGCUGUUUGUUGUUUAGACCCAAAGACGAGUCCGAAGUUUACUAUAGAAGUGAUGGCAACGGAUGGCGGAGGGCUUAAGGGCUCGACAACUGUUUUCAUUGAAAUUAAAGAUAAUUUUGACAAAUGUUAG